AUGGCCUCUAGCUCCUCGUGCUACAGCCAUGCCAAGGAAGCUUUUGUGGAUCUGUCCUCGAAGGGAUAUAGACCACUGCUCCGACACUUGCCAGACCAUUGCUUCCGAGACGUACAUUGGACAUACAAAAGGCCAGCUCGUGCCAAGAUUGAGUUCAAUGGGGAUGCGCGUGGACACGGCUGGGAGUUGGGACGGACAGACCAGUCACCUGAAUGGCUGCAGAUACAUAUAGGGGACGUCAAUGUUUCGGAUUUCUCGUUCCACAAAGCUUUGUUCUGCGCAGGAUCUGCCAGCCGUGCUUCAUGUGUGGCCCGAGUGAGGAUCCAAGCAGCACAUGUGGACGAUCGGAGGCGGCAUAACUGGAACAUGGGGACCACGCAGGAAGCAGAGAUGGAGCUCUCCCCGGCGAAAGAACGGCCAGGGGAUGAAGGAGCUUUGUGGCGUGUCUUCGAUCUUCCCAACGAAUUUCGAGGCAACGCCAUUCGCAUUUCUGUGGAGACGAGCUGUGAGUGCGCUCUGAAAAUUGAAGUGUUCUACAAGCCGACGGUGCCCUCAUGCUACCUCUCGGCCUUGCAAGCUUCAGACGAUUUGUGCUGGAAGGGGUGCCGAGCAGUAAUCCGCGAUUUGCCAGAUGCUAGCUUCCGAGCCAGCAGCAGGUAUGAAAGCGGUUACCAUUUUGAUGGACCACGUGCCAAGAUCAUCCCGAAAGAAGGCCAGAUUCAUUGUGAUGGGACUGGCUGGGAGUGGGAAUGGAGCUACCAGGCGCCUCACUGGCUGCAAGUCUCCUUGGGCCGUGUUGUUCAGGUGAGCGCACUUCUGUUUGGCGCUGGCGCACACCUGCACGUCCGUGCCCACGCAGUGCCUCGCGUGAAAUUUCAAAUGGCCACUUUGGUGCCCGGCCAGGAGUGGGACAGGGAGCGAGUCGUGGAUGAGGCGGAGAUUGAGAUUUACUCAUCUGAAGAACGGCCUUACGAAGAAGGAACAUGUUGGCGGGUGUUCGAUCUUCCCAGAGUAUUUCGGGGCAAUGAGGUUCGUAUGCUUGUGGAGAGAGACUGUACGUGUGCUCUGAAGUUCGAGCUGUUCGAGAGACCAACAGAUGGCAUGUUGUCUUCAAACGACGCUUCCGAGAAGCCAACAGGCGCCAUCGGCGCCAUCUUGUCUGCAAGGCAUGCAUCAGGUCUCACAGACGAGAGGCCCACCUACAAACCUUUACGUGACUUUGUUCGGGACUUUGUGAGAAGGAAGACAUGCUCGGAGUACUUGUUACAGGAUGCCCGACCCGCCUUCUGCCGAUUGCAGCCCGGCUCGGAAAGGUGGUUGCAAAAAGUUUGUGACGAGGCGGCGAUGGUCACGCAAAGCAAGCUUGGAGCAGGGGUGCAAGCUCCCGGCGAUGAUCCGGCUCAUGCUUUUGCAAUUGUCUGCUACACCUUGGACAUGGAUCAGUUCGGUGCCGCAAAGGGAGAGAAUUUCUUCGCGGUUUACAACAAAAUUCUGCAGGAGCGUAAUUCUGAGCUAUUGGAGAUGGUUGCGGGCUACUCCCACUUCUUUCUUGGUGGCCUGCAUGCAUUGCCCCCACUCCCGGAGCAGACCUUAUACAGAGGCCUUCCAACCGACCUGCUGCCGCUCAUCAUGAAACAUUAUGAAACCGGAGUUCAAAUCCAUUGGAGUGGUAUAACAAGUACAUCCACCUCAAGGGAGGUGGCCUUAAAGUUUGCAGGCUCCAAGGGCAUCUUGAUGGCCAUCACUGCCAUCUCUGCGCGUAGCAUUCAGGAUUUGUCUGUCUUCGGAGAGCUGGAGCGCGAAGCGCUCCUUCUGCCCAAUUGGAAUGGAUUUGUUGCACGCGGCCCGACCGAAGGAGCCGAUGGACUUUGGACCGUAGACAUUGUUGAGAUUCGACACAAGGCGAAGUAUGUUUUCUAA